AUGAGUUCGAUUGCCAGAGAGAUCCAACCUAUGAUUGAAAGCAAUCCAGACAUGCCAAUUCAAGCAAUCCAAAGUCAACUGCUUCGGAAGCAUCAACUUGAAAUAUCACUACAUAAGGUCUUCAGAGCCAAAAGGAUAGCAACUACGAAGAUCUAUGGUGAUUACCAAGUACAGUAUGGUCUGCUAAGGUCAUACUGUGAUGAACUUCUAAAAGCCAACCCAGGUAGUACAAUUAAAAUUGAUGUGGAGCCAUGUGGGAACUCAGCUAGUCCUACAAGGCAGUUUCGGAGGGUUUAUUUUUGUUUUGCCUCUAUGAUGAGAGGAUUUAAGAUGAUUGGAAGACCAUUGCUGGGUGUGGAUGGUUGUUUCAUAAAAGGUCCAUUUCCUGGACAGAUCUUGAGUGUUGUUGGUAUUGAUGCGAACAAUAGCAUAUAUCCAGUUUGUUAUGCCCUUGUUGAGGCAGAAACAACACAAACCUGGAAAUGGUUUUUGCAACUGUUGAGAGAUGACCUAGGGUGUACGGUUAACUCUUGUUUCACCUUCAUCAAUGACAGACAAAAGGGUCUGAUUCCUGCUAUGCUAGCUGUUUUUCCUAAUGCUGAGCACAUAUUUUGUUUGAGACACAUUCAUGAGAACAUGAAAUCCAAGUGGCGUAGAGAUCUUUACAAGAAUUUGCUUUGGUCAGCUGGAAGGAAGACAUCUAUUCCAUCCUUUAACAAAGCUAUGGAAGAAAUUAAGACAACAGAACGAGCUAUACAAAUCGUAGGAGCAAGGGACAAGCCGAUUAUCACAUGCCUAGAAUUCAUUCGGGAGUACAUGACCAAGAGAAUAGUGAAAGUCAAAAAAAUACAAGCAAAGUGUAUGGGGCCACUCACUCCUCAUGCCACUGAGGUCUUCGAUGAGAUCAAGAAACAGGCUGCUGAAAUGUCUGUUUUAAUGGUUGAUUCGGAAAAGAAGUGGGAUUUGACAGGGAUGCCUUGCAAACAUGCAGUUGCAUCCAUAUGGGAUAUGUCAAGGAAUAGCAUUGAUGUUGACAUACCAGAAGAGUGGGUGGAUGAAGUGUAUUGGCUGUCAACAUAG